AUGGCCGUCGAACGCAUCGGUUCCAUCCUGAGGCACUUGGCGCCGGGCUCGUCGCUGAGCAGCAUUCAGUCCAAGAAUGCCGGCGAUGUCGUCAUCACCCUCGCCAUCCGGACACCCCUGACCAAGGCCAAAAAGGGCGGCUUCAAGGACACGAGUCUCGAGUACCUCGUCUACGCCCUGCUCAAGGAGGUCAAUCACCGCAGCAACCUCGACCCGGCCCUCGUCGAGGACAUUGCUCUCGGAAACGUCUCGGAUGGCAAAGCGGCCUACAAGCUCCGAGCGGCCGCCCUCGCCGCCGGGUUUCCCAACACAGCCGGCGCCUACUCGGUCGACCGAUUCUGCUCCUCGGGCCUCAAGGCGACGGCCGACAUCGCCCACGCCAUCGCCAACAACUCGAUCCAGGUCGGCAUCGCCAUUGGAGCCGAGAGCAUGACGGCCGGCGGCGACCGGCCCGACAAGCCGUUGGACGAGGCCGUCCUCGGCGCCAGCCAGGAGGCCGCCGACUGCAUGGAGCCGAUGGGGUGGACGAGCGAAAACGUCAGCCGCGACUUUGACAUCACGAGGGAGGAAAUGGACAGGUACGCGGCCGAGAGCUUCCUGAGGGCGGAAAAUGCACAAAAGGCGGGCUACUUUGACGACGAGAUUGUGCCCAUCACGACCAAGAUCAAGGGGCCCGAUGGCGAAUGGACGACGGCGACGCUCACAAAGGAUGAGGGCAUCCGACCCGGCACGACGGCCGAGAAACUGGCCAAGAUCCGCGCCGCCUUUCCCCAGUGGGGUCAAACGACGACGGGCGGCAACGCCAGUCAGGUGACGGACGGAGCGGCGGCCCUCCUUCUCAUGAAGCGAUCCAUGGCCGUCAAGCUCGGACAGCCCGUGCUCGCCAAAUACGUCGGCUCGACCGUCGCCGGCCUCGCACCCCGCAUCAUGGGCAUCGGGCCGAGCAUCGCCAUCCCGAAGCUGCUCUCGGCGUGGAACAUAUCACUCGCCGACGUUGACGUGGUGGAAAUCAACGAAGCCUUCGCUUCCAUGGCCGUCUACUGCCGCGACAAGCUCGGGCUCGACUGGGCCAAGAUGAACCCGCGGGGUGGUGCCAUCGCCCUGGGCCACCCGCUCGGAGCCACGGGCGCCCGCCAGGUCGUCACGGGCCUGAGCGAGCUGCGGAGGACGAAGAAGAAGAUGCUGCUGGUCAGCAUGUGCAUCGGCACGGGCCAGGGCAUGGCGGGCUUGUUUGUGAAUGAGAUGCGGCCCUGGUGGAAGCGUUCCGAUGGCAACGGUCAGCCACCAUUUUCGACGGAGCCCGCUGCCGUCGCGGGCGUGCUCGGCCCAAGCGAGACGGGAGAGAGCAGGUCGGUUGGCCAUUCACCCGCCAUGACGGCACCUCGGCUUCUCGGGACGACGGAUCAUGGGAUGGCCACCAACCAGGUUUCGGCACGCUUUGAUUUCCAACACCUAUUACCGUCAUUGUUCCUGCUACCGACCAUGGAUGGCCAUGUGUGCAUGACCGCGUGCGUGGCCGGUGCUGGCCGAUAUGCUGUGCGACCACAUCUCGACCCGAAUCGAGGUCGCGGCAUCAUGGAGUGUGACCUCGACAUGGCCGGAUUCCCUGGCCCGCAAACACCCUUGCCCCCGUGCGGGAGGACAGCCCGGAGGCUUCGCAACUGCUUGUGA